AAGCCGGCCCCAUGAUGAUCAGACUAUGUCUGCUGAGGGCCACCCCCGUGCUGAAGAGACUACCCGUGAUUCGCCAAGCGUAGCCACAACACAAGACGCUGACGAUGAGGGCUCUGGGAGCAAGGCUGAGGAAGACAACGAUGAUGAUGAUGAGGAUGAUAACAAUGCCAAUGCAAAGGGCAAGAAAGUCGAGAAAGCCCGCGCUAAGAAAGGACGACUCGUUAUCAGGCUUUCUCGGGCUACAACACAAGAGCAGUCUCACCAAAUCAAGGACACUCAAGGAAAUAUCAUCAGUGAGACUCGCUCCAAGGUGCGUCAUGACCUUGCCUCAUCAUCUACUCCUGUGCAAAGAGUGCAAACCGCAAGCAACCUGGCAGAAGAGUUAGCUUUGUAUGACAGCUGCUCUGACCUAGACACAAUAAACCGGGCUAACCCCAUAGGUGCAGAAACUGAUAUUUUCAGUUUCCGAGUAGAAGACGCAGCAUCUAGCCCAACUGCGCAUGCACAAGCCUCACCAAGCCACUCUGCUGCCUCCCAACAGGUAGUAGUUUCACAUAUAGGGGAUAUUAUACCCACCUCGCUGUCUCCCUACGAAGCAGCUGAGGAUUUACUUUGUGGUCUUCCGCCCCAGACCACUACCCCUCCUUCUAGCACAUUGAGUCUAGUUUCCACCAUCCCAACUUUUUCAACAUUUUCUAGGACACAUACACUUUUCACACCACUGCACACGACAGGUGCACUCUACUUGUCCUCAACGAUCGGAGAUACGUCAAUGAUGAUCGGAAGUCCUGCUGCUCAACAGAUAUCUCCAUCAUUAUCUGCAGGCCACACAUCGGUAAUCUUUACUGAUGCUGUGACAACGGUUACUACCCCUGUAACCGGACACCCUGACCCUACCGACCUUUCUGUAACACCCCGGCCCCGCAGGACCCGAGGUAGUUACUCCGGACCAAUAGUACUGUCCUCACAAACCGCCACUAGCCUUUUACGCGCACUUUGUCCUCACUCGUGCGCGCCCUGAGAAACUUCCCAGGGGGUCACCCAUCCCAAGACUACUCCCGUGCAAGCACGCUUAACUUUGGAGUUCUUGGCUAAUGAGCUCCCUUAAAAGGAGAUGCACCUUGUUGGUAUGAGUAGUACUAUUAAUCCUCUUAAAUUAAUCUCGAGUAUUACAAUCACCCCCACUUAGGAUCGCAACGUCCUCGUUGCGCCCUUAAACAAAUCUCAAUCACACCCCAGAAUCUUUCCCCUUGCUAAGUGCCCGCCCGAUAUCCAACGGAUCAACACACUGUCGCAGGGUUUCUCUGAUACCACCUGUAACACCCCGGCCCCGCAGGACCCGAGGUAGUUACUCCGGACCAAUAGUACUGUCCUCACAAACCGCCACUAGCCUUUUACGCGCACUUUGUCCUCACUCGUGCGCGCCCUGAGAAACUUCCCAGGGGGUCACCCAUCCCAAGACUACUCCCGUGCAAGCACGCUUAACUUUGGAGUUCUUGGCUAAUGAGCUCCCUUAAAAGGAGAUGCACCUUGUUGGUAUGAGUAGUACUAUUAAUCCUCUUAAAUUAAUCUCGAGUAUUACAUUUCUGUCAUUUUGCAACGUUUCAUGGAUUCCACCAUUAAACCAUGGGUGCACGAAGCAAUAACCGCUCGGGCACAGGAAUUCAGGAACACCCCGGCGUUGCUAAAUGACAUCAUCCAACCCCAACCAACCUCCUCACAUACCCAACAAACCCAACCACUUCCUAUCAUACCUACCCAACAAACCUCUGAACCAUCCACAACCCUACCCCACUCACCUACUGCUUCAAGGGGAACCCAGGAUACAGAACUAGUGUCCUCCCCUACUUCGACCACACCUUUUCCUGACCCUAAAACUUUACCGUUCGAGGUACUCGAAACCCUUAUGCUACCGAAGAAGGCAACCUAACCCAGAAACAAAAAGACCUUCUUCGGAUCCUUAAGCCUGACAGCUCAUGCCGUGAUAGUCUCCUUGGUCGCAAACGUUCGCAUGAGGACCCCGAUGACUCGGAUCCUCAUGAGGGGGAGAACAAGAGACAAAGGAUACUUGAGCGUGAUGCGUCAACAAGCCAACCCUCUACGCAAUCCAACCAACCUGAAUCCUCGAACAAUCAGCCCCCAUCAUCCACUCAACAUAAAAGCCAAACAGCCAACUCACCCACAUCUAGCCCGGUCGAGCUAGAAACAACACUCCUAGGCUCAUCUUUCAUAGAUGUAGACCAAGGAUGGAGUGGAAGUCCUGAGGUUGCUACUUCAAGUACACCUUUUUAUUCAGGCCAUCAGAAAGAACCUAGUUCUAAUCUGAUGAUAACGGGUAAUCCAAGUGAUCCCGGUGUUACCAUUGACAGAGCGCCACAACAACAGCAGACUCCCUCUAGCCAACCUGAUGAUCGAAUGCAUGACGAACUCGAAGAAAUUCUUGUUCACAACAAAUGGUCUCGGCUAUGGACGAAUGUGGAUGAAAUACAGCGAAGAGCCUAUCUCAGAGAGCUCCUAGCUAAAUGUGCUGCUGAUGUAAUACUGCUUAAUGAUGAUGAACUUAAGGAAGGAGAAAACUAUCAGGAACCUCCCAAGGAGCUGGAAUCCAUCAUCAGACAAACAGCGGCUCGAAUGCCGAGGAGUGAAAAGCCUUGGGAGAAUAUUAACAUCAAUGCUCCUUUCCAAGAGGAAAUCAGAAAGCGUAUAUGGCGGAAAGAUGACGAAGUCAAGGAAUUGGACGAAUUGAAAAUCUGUGGACUCAAUCAUCUGAGAGGAAAGAACAAGAGUGGUCAAUUGUUUCUGCUUAGUCAUCAUUACAUGGGGAAACAGAGAGAAGUAUGGCAACAUGAACUGCAAAACGCGAAAGACCCAGUAUGGAGUAUACUAAAUGUAGCCGAAAUAAAUUAUCAAGACAUCCCACUCUCUGUUUACCGCCUGCAACGCUCCGACGGGACGGAAUUUACCUGCAAGGAAAAUGACCUUUAUAUGUUAAAGAUGGAUGACAUCUAUCAUAUGUAUCUAGCCUUCCAGGAAAUUCCAGUCACCUGGGACAAAUCUACACAAGAGGGAUUCAAGGCACUCAAGCGCUUCAUGAUCAGACAAGCCAAAUUCUUUGCUUCCCAUGAUCUUCAGAUGGCCCUAGAAACAAAUCUGCCAAAGACAAACCUCUCAAGACCAAAGCUUUACGGGCCAGAACUUGAGAACUAUCCUGCCUAUUACAUCUUCGAUCGCCCGUUAGCUAUCAUCUAUCUUAACCAUAAAGGUGAGAGGCGCUUGUUGGUGGCAGAAGAAGUCAACAAGUAUUGUGAUGGAACACUGAAGAUCAUUAAGGAAAAACUGCAACCUAUCAGAAAAGAAUUUGAAGAAAAACAACAGAAGUAUGCAGAUGCCACAGACGAUGAACUAACAGAAGCAACCAGAAUUGACAAAGUGUUGAAAGCCAUCGAGAAACAACUUGACAGAAGAAGAUCUCUCAGAAAUUACGAGCAUGCACUAAAUCUCAGAAAGCAUUAUUUUAAAGCUCAGAAGUGAAGAAAAGAAGAAGCAAGAACAUCUGAUCACAAAGGGGGAGAUUGUUAGAGAUAUUUUCAUUAUAUUGUGAUCAAUGUUUCUUAGCUCUUUAUAUUUAGCAUCUUAAUUUAAUAGAUUAGCUAGAAUAAUGAAUAGGCCUUUUAAGACAAUUAUGUAAUAAAGGUUUUAUACCUUUUUAGGUAUGGGCCUCCUAGGAAAAGGAGCCCAAAUGAUUGUAAAACCUACCUUUCCCGUCAGGCUAUAUAUAUGCCUUAAGGGAAAGGCUAGGUUAAGCUUUUAAAAACAUUCCUAGUGCCGCAGUGCCUAAAUCGGUGAUAGAAG